AUGGCGACGAAGCGUAGACGAAGCUUGGGCGAAGCCCCCGAAAGUCAUCCCGAAGUUGAAGCAAUCGCCGGUCUCGUGCUUUGUCCUCCCUGCGAAUUCAAUAUACUCCAUGCCGCUUUUCAAGCGGGGUUCGGGCAAGCUUCAUUCAUAGCGUUAACGGACGGAGUACUGUGGGCGAAGCACGGCAAGUAUAUUCGUGCAAUAAUCGAAGUGAAGAAGAACCGUCGGGACAAGGACUUAGAUAAUAUUCGUUUGCAAGAGUCAGCAGAAGUCGUGUCCUGGGUGAGGAAUGAAUACGAGGGAUGCUUUUAUGGCCAAGCCAUGAUAUCUGAGGACGGAGACCAGGCUUGGUUCAUUUUCGACCAACCGACAGAAACUUAUAAGUCAUAUCUCGCCGAAGGGAUAGUCGAUGCCAAUGCCUUUGUCGACCUAAGCACGUAUGGACCUUUGAGUUAUCUCACGAAGAGCAUAUUAGAGAGCUAUGUGUCAUUGUUGCAGCAAUAA